AGAACAGCUGAAACGCUACAGUGAGAAGAGUUCGCGCUUCUAUCAAGCUAGGAAAUGUUCUACAAAAUACUGGGUUCAGACUUAAGAAAACGAAAUCCAGGACCUGCAGAGUCACCUACUCCCAGUUAUUGAAAACGAAAAGGUUGAUUUGGAUGUGUUGAUGGAAGCAGCUAGUGCUUUUACAGGAGAAAAGGUUGAAGCCAGUGACUUAAAAAAUGUGCUGGGAAACAUGGGAAUUGAGAUUACUGAAGAAGAACAGUUGAUGCUGUCAAAAACUCUGCCAAUCUCUAGAGAUGGAAAGGUAUAUAAGAAGAGAUUACUGAAUACUGUGAAGCCUCUCAAAAGGAAAACAUGUCAGUGUCAAGAAUCUGAAUGCUAUUGUAAAGAACAUGGGGAUUCAGCUUGAGAAAGAGGACUACCAGGAUUUACUGACCCAGCUGCCCAUUGAUGCCAAUGGAAAAGUAUAUAAAAAUAGAUUGCUAAAAGGUAUGAAGGCCAUCAAUGGUGAUAGAACAAUUGGACUGAAUCACUUGAUGGAUGCUAUCAGUUACAUCAAGGGAGAGGUGAUUGAUAUCCAUGACUUAGAAAACUUUCUAGCAAGUGAAGGAAUCAAGCUCACAGAAGAAGACAUGAAGGAGCUGAUGCCUCAUUUGACAGUUAAUGCAAAAGGGAUGGUGCCACCACAUAAGUUGGUGAAAACUGGACAUGAUACUGAAGACAGAGUUACUGGCCCCAUGGCAGUUUCUGACAUUAAAUCAAAACUUAAGCUGAAUCCUCUAACAAAAAUACCCAGCUUCCAUGGCAAGAGGUAUAAAGAUUUACCAGAAUCUCUCCCCUGCCAAUUACAACACAAAGAAAAGAGGCUGAAUACUUCACAAAUUCAAGCCUUCCAAGAUGCCUACAACUUCUUUAACAAGGAUAAAACUGGCUGUAUUGAUUUACAUGGAAUGAUGUGCACUUUAGCUAAGUUGGGAAUGAAUCUAACCAAGCGUGAUGUCUAUAAUGAAUUAAGGUGUGCUGAUAUUGAUCGAGAUGGGAAGGUGAAUUUCUCAGACUUUAUAAAGGUGCUAACAGAUAAGAAACUCUUCCUUAAAGCUGUGGUUCCAGAAAAGGAGAAAUGUUUAGAUUUAGCUGGCAACCCAGGGAUCCUGUUGUUUGAAAUACUAUCAAAGCUUGUAGAGACUUCAGCUUUACCAAGAAAGGCUAUAAUGGAAAUAGUAAGCUAUUUCCAAAGAAAAUUCCAGGAAACCACAUCAGGAAUGUCGUGGAGCCCCUACACUACGGGUUAUGGAAAAAGGAGAUUUAAACUAGAUAUAUGCACACCUCCAAGUUCAAGCACAGCUGCCUUUGCAAAUGCUGCCCGGAUUGCAAUAAUGAGAGAAAAGGAUUUACUUAAAUUUCUUGAAGAGCUCAAGAGGUGCAAUCCUCCUUCAGGUAGCCCAUAUUCAAAAAUACCCGUCUUUCCAUUGUUUCCUAAUGUGGACGGGGUGGUGAUGGGAAAGCCAUUCAAAGACAUACAGAAAUUAGAAAUGCUAAGGAAAAGAGAGCCGCUGAACUUCUUUGAGAACUAUUUUUUCCAUAAAAGGGAUUGGAAAACACAGGCAGAAAAUAUAAAGCCUAUCGACCCAGUCUCAGGCUAUCCAAGUGACAUCCUGGCUAUUGACCAAAUAUUCAAGAAGAAGCAGAAUUGGACAGUGAUGGAUGCAACUGCUAUUAAACAGCAUGUGAAGAGGGCUACAGAUACCUAUAACUUGGGAAUUGCCCUUGAACACCGGAAAAACAUGCUAAACCUCUGGCGGAAGAUCCGAGGGGAUCUGAUUGGAAUAGACACUAAAAAUGAGUCCUUUUAUGACACCUUUUCUACCUAUACAUGGUCCUGGAAUGUUUGCCAAGAAUUACUUUCACCGAAGGACUUAAAGUUAUAUGAUGCAUACAUGAAUAGGAAUACCUACCACAACUUUGUAUUCUCUUCAUCCUCGGAUAUCAGUGAAUGUGAUACAGAGACAGGAAGAAAAAGAAAACGGAAAGGUUUCAAAGGGUCUCAACAAUGAAAUUUCUACAUUUUCUAAACAGCUCACUGCAAACUACUUUUUCAUAGAUCUCAAAAUUAUGGUUUCUUGCUUUUGUCUAGUACAUUCUUAGCACCUGGAAAUGUUGACAUCUUUUGAAUUCUGACCAGUAAAAAAGUUUAAGUCAUAA